AUGGUUGAUGAUGUUGUUCUCCGAAUAUCAAGAUCUCGGGAACAAAAGUGCUGUGUUCUCCAAAUUGGAACAAAUAGCGGAAACAACGCAGCUGAAGUUGCGAAAAUGGUGUUAGCAUUGCUCUUAUUAUUUUUACCAUAUUUUGUUCCAUGCAGAGGUACAGAUGUGGCAGCUAUAGAUGUCAAUAUGGGGUGUCCGAAACCAUUUUCGAUACAUUGCGGUAUGGGAUCUGCCCUUUUGACUAAGGUGGACAAGAUUAGGGAG